AUGUCUUCAGAAGAAGCACUUAUAGAGAAGUUCCAGAAAGUCGGUCUUUCCGACAAGAAGGCCAAAGAUAUCGCCAAGAACCAGAAGGUCAGUGCCUCUUUUGUGGAAGUUUUGGACGAAGGCAGCGUCUCCACUGCCGAUGAGAAGAAGCUCAACUUAUUAUACAAUUUAGCCGUCGACAGCAAAAACAACGGCGUCCUGCCAAACCACCGUCUUCUCGUCACCAAAGCCAUUGUGGACGACAGACUCAAGACAAACUUGCAAGUGUCUGAAGCGCUCAAGUAUGUGGCUGAAAAGGGUGACAAUGCCAGUGAGGAAGAGAUGAAUGAAGUUACAGGUGUUGGCGUGGAAUUGAGCCGAGAUGAUGUCAAGAGCGAGAUCCUCAAGUACAUUGAGCUGAAGAAGGAGGCUGUUUUGGAAAGAAGGUACGCUGGAGUGCCUGCGCUUUUGGGCGAGACCAAGAAGCUUCCUAGCUUGAAGUGGGCUGCUCCAGGUGACUUUAAGCCUGUCAUUGAUGGCAUUGCCGAAGAGCUUUUCGGUCCUAAGGAUGAAAGAGAUGUGGUUAAGAAGGAAAAGAAGAAGAAGGAGCCAAAGGCUGCUGCCAAGAAGAACGAAAAGGCUGUUGAGCCUGAACGUUCUAUGUUCACUGAGGGUUUCCUUGGAGAGUUGCAUAAGCCAGGUGAGAACCCACAGGCGUUCCCUGAAUUGAUGAAGGAGCAUUUGGAAUUUACCAAGGGUAAGGUUUUCACCAGAUUUCCACCUGAACCUAACGGGUUCCUUCACAUUGGUCACUCUAAGGCUAUUAUGGUGAACUUUGGUUACGCCAAACACCACAACGGUAACUGUUACUUGCGUUUCGACGACACCAACCCUGAAGCCGAGGAAGAGGUGUACUUCAACUCCAUCAAGAGUAUGGUUGCAUGGCUUGGUUUCGAACCUUGGAAGAUCACCUACUCUUCUGAUUAUUUCGACCAAUUGUACGAAUUGGCUGAAAAGUUGAUUGAAGCCGAUGGCGCUUACGUCUGUCAUUGCACUCCUGAAGAAGUCAAAGCCCAGAGAGGUAUGAAGCCUGAUGGAACCUUGGGUGGUGAGAGAUUCCCAUCUCCAUACCGCUCGCGUACAGUCGAAGAGAACUUGACCGAGUUUAGGAAAAUGAGAGACGGUGCCUACAAGCCUGGUGAUGCCGUGUUGAGAAUGAAACAGGAUAUCCAGUCCGACAACCCUCAAAUGUGGGACUUGGUUGCAUACCGUGUGUUGAACGCUCCACACCACAGAACUGGCGACAAGUGGAGAAUCUACCCAACCUACGAUUUCACCCACUGUUUGGUUGAUUCUUUCGAAAACAUCUCCCACUCUUUGUGUACCACCGAGUUCCGUAUGUCCAGAGAGAGUUACGAGUGGUUGUGUGACGCUUUGCAUGUUUAUAGACCUGCUCAGAGAGAGUACGGACGUCUCAACAUCACAGGAACUAUCUUGUCCAAGAGAAAGAUCGCCAAGUUGGUCAACGACGGCCACGUCAGAGGCUGGGAUGACCCUAGACUUUAUACCUUGGAGGCCAUCAAGCGUAGAGGUGUUCCUCCUGGCGCUAUUUUGUCAUUUAUCAACACUUUGGGUGUUACCAUUUCCACCACCAACAUUCAGGUUAUUAGACUCGAGAGUGCUGUGAGAGCUUACUUGGACAGCACCACCCCAAGAUUGAUGCUCUUGCUGGAGCCAUUGUUGUGUGAGGUUGUUAACGUUGAUGAAAACUUCUCUGAGGAAGUCGAGGUUUCCUAUAAGCCAGGAGCCGAGGACAAGUUCGGAAGCAGAAAGGUCAAGUUCUCCAAGAGAUUCUAUAUUGACCGUUCUGAUUACAGAGACGAGGUCGACAAGGAGUACUUCAGAUUGGCUCCUGGACAGCCAGUUGGUUUGAUGAAGGUGCCAUUCAAUGUUUCCGUGCACGAGGUCAUCAAGGACUCCAACGGUAAGGUCACCAAGUUGUUGGUCAACUAUGAUUCUGAGAUCAAGAAGAAGCCAAAGACUUACAUCCAAUGGGUUGGCGAGGACAAUGUCAAGAAAAUCAAGGAGACCAGAAUGUACAACCAAUUGUUCAAGAGCGAAAACCCAAGCGCUCAUCCAGAAGGAUUCCUCAACGAUAUCAACGAAGAUUCCGAGGAAAUUAUUAAGGACUCGUACAUCGAGGCUGCUGGAUUUGAGGAGAUUGUUAAGAAGUCUCCAUUGAACAUUGGUAUUGAAGGAUCGGAAUUCAACAUCAACGAGACCGAGGGACCACAAACCGUCAGAUUCCAGGCUCUCAGAAUCGGUUACUUCUGUAUGGACAAGGAUUCCACCGGCGACGAUGUUGUGUUGAACAGAAUUGUCACAUUGAAGGAGGACUCCGCCAAGGCAUAA